AUGAGCGUUUGGUGGGUGCCAGGCGAAAACUACGUGGAUCUAUUCAGCUCUCAGCCAUUUAGCAUCCACCUUUGCAAGGAAAUCGCUGGCGUUCGGGGGCCGUCGUCAUGCCAGUCCUUCCCACUCCAUGCCAGACGUUCUGUCGCCCCGUUGGGUGGAUACGUGGCAACCCUGUGGGCGCUUCAUGUAGGCAGCGAGUAUUGUGUGCGGGUAACACUUGCAGGUGCUGGUUCGCAGGUGGAUGGGGCGGGAGUGGCGCCUGUGGAGGAAGAGGUUUGUAAUAAUAAUCAUGAGGAAUUGGGGGCGGAGACAUUGGAAGAAUCUGAGCAGUCCAUUAUUGUCUCCACAAGGCCUUACGCUGAUUUCGCAAGCCUCCUGGGGCCAGCUGCUAUUCUUAACAUUGGUAUCCUCUAUCGCAAGGAUUUUCUCGACUGUGUAUUGUCGCAGAAUACGGACUAUAUGUACUUGCUGACGUGGAAUCAGCCAUUAGGGACAGUGUUGCAUCAUCUUUUUUUUCACUCAUUGUUUGCAGUUCCGGGAAUGUUGCUUGGGGAACAUGUAUUUGCACUUCCAAAUGAGAAAAGAGGUCGAUUCUGCUUGGAUCUUCAGCACGCCGUGUGCGCCUGGCGAAGCAGUAGGAAAAUCAGACGGCUCAUCUCGUGCGGUCGCUACGUAGUGGAAGUUAAUCGAGACAUCCGUGACUCGUUGCGCCUGGCACACGAUUACCAUAUGGAGAGAGUGGAGAGUACGUGGAUGAAGAAUUACUACAUCGAUAUUCUUGUCUCGAUGGCGAAGUCCCCAGAAUUUGGUGUGCGUAUCAUGUCGGUGGAGUUGCUCGAGAAGGCGAGCGGGAAGGUCUUGGCCGGCUGCCUGGGCUACGCCCUCGGCUCUGUCUAUCACGACUUCACUAUGUUCACAGCUGAACGCGCAACGGAGAGCUUUGGAACAGGCAUCACAAAAGUGCUGGGCGAGGCGCUGCAGUGUUGCGGCUACAACCUGUGGUACUGGGGUUCACGCUUGGGCUACAUGGCGCAGUUUGAGGCGAAGUACGGCGCCAGGUAUAUUUGCAAGGAGGAGUUCCUUGCGCGUUGGGCGCAGUGCCGCGAGCUGCAGCCCAACUGCUCAGUCGAUGAAUACCUGAAGUCGGGGAAGGGGAUGUUGCCUCACAUUGAGCGACACGUGUGA